AUGGCGACAAAGACAACUCGAACAGACUUCACAGACGUCUUCCCCUCGCUGGUCGAGGACCUGCUGGGAGAGUGUCGAAAGUACAAUCUGCCCGACAAUGCGCUACAAUGGUUCGAGAAAUCUCUCAAUGCGAACACGCCGACGGGCAAGCUCAACAGAGGCAUGUCUGUGCCGGACACGGCCUCUCAACUGCUCGGGCGCCCUCUUUCCGCCGAAGAAUUCAAAGACCUUGCAACCUUGGGCUGGCUCACCGAACUGCUCCAAGCAUUCUUUCUCGUGAGCGACGACAUCAUGGACUCGAGCAUCACCCGACGCGGAGAGCCCUGCUGGUACCGCCAGCCGGGUGUGGGCAUGAUCGCCAUCAACGAUGCCUUCAUGCUGGAGUCGUCUAUCUAUCUCAUCCUGAAGAAACGGUUCCGUGGCCACCCCGCCUACCUCGAUCUGGUUGAGCUCUUCCACGAUGUUACCUGGCAGACCGAACUGGGCCAGCUGUGCGAUCUGAUCACGGCGCCCGAAGACAAUGUCGACCUUGGCAACUUCAGCAUGGCAAAGUAUACCUUCAUUGUCAUCUACAAGACCGCGUAUUAUUCGUUUUACCUUCCCGUGGCACUGGCGCUGCACUAUCUGCGACUGGCAACACCCAAGAACCUGAAACAGUCUGAAGACAUCCUCAUCCCGCUGGGCGAGUAUUUCCAGAUUCAAGACGACUACCUCGACGCGUUUGGUGAUCCGGCUGUGAUUGGCAAGAUCGGCACCGACAUCAAGGACAACAAGUGUGGAUGGUUGAUUAAUCAGGCAUUGCAGAUAGUCACUCCCGAGCAGCGAAAGCUGCUGGACGAGAAUUACGGGCAGAAGGACGAUGGGAAAGAGGCCAAGGUGAAGGAGUUGUACAAUGAACUUCAGCUGGAGAAGAGAUACCAGGAGUAUGAAGAGAAGCGAGUUGGGGAGCUGAGGCAGUCGAUGGCGGCAGUGGACGAAAGUGAAGGUCUCAAAAAGGGGGUGUUUGAGACAUUCCUCGCAAAGAUUUACAAAAGGAGUAAAUAG